GCAAGUUAGCGGGGAGGCGCUGCCCGCACUGAAACUUCCGCAGCUGCCGGGGGCCAGGAGCCGGAGCCGGAGCCGGAGCGGCGGCGGGACAGCGGAGGUCCCAGCGGGGAGAGGAGACACCCGUCUACCCGCCCGCCCCAUUACCGACAUGACCAACACCUCAGCAAACUGGUCCUGCCAAGGCGACGAGCGGCCACACACCGACAACCUGGCCGAACUCGACUGGUAUCACCAUGAUCUCUCGCGCCAUGCCGCUGAAGCUCUGCUCCUGUCCAACGGCAAGGAUGGCUGCUACCUGCUGAGGAAAAGUCACGAUGCUCCAAAUUUCUACGCACUGUCGGUAAGAGGCAAAGACUCCGUCAAACACUUCCAGAUCGAGUGGAGUGAAGGCUCGAUUAAAUUUGGAUUCAGUGAAUUUCAUUCUGUCUCCGAGUUUGUCAGUCACUUCGCCAAUCAGCCGCUGAUUGGCAGCGAGACAGGGACGCUGCUUGUACUGAAGAGUCCAUACCCUCGGCAAGUGGAGGAGCCUUCCAUUUACGAAUCAGUGCGGGUCCACACAGCCAUGCAGACAGGACGGACAGAGAACGACCUUGUUUCCAAGGCUCCCUCUCUGGGCACCAAGGAAGGCUAUCUCACCAAGCAAGGAGGCCGAGUAAAGACUUGGAAAACCAGAUGGUUUAUUUUACAUAGGAAUGAACUGAAGUAUUUCAAAGACAAAAUGUCUACAGAACCAAUCAAGACACUGGAUCUAACUGAAUGCACUGCGGUACAAUUUGACUACUCACAAGAGAAGAUUAAUUGUUUCUGUUUAGUAUUUCCUGAACGAACAUAUUAUAUGUGUACAAAGACAGGAAUUGAAGCUGAUGAAUGGAUCAAGUUAAUACGAUGGAAACUGUCUCAAAUGAAGAAAGCUGCUGCGAAAACUUAAAACUAGCAAACUUUCCACCAGUAUGAAGACAGCUUUGGACGAACUUCAAUCGAGAGUUGGGAUUCUGUUCAUCUUGCUGUAGUUUCACUUUCAAAAAUCCUACCAGGAUUCUCUCUCCAUUUGGGGAAAAAAGCCAAACAUUGGGGCUCUGAUGCUGGAGGAGUGAUUUCAAAAGCAGCUGUUAAACUUAGAACAUACAUUGAAGUAAUAUGCAAUGUUUGCAUCUCCAAAAAAGGUUGCAAUAACAUUUGGAAACAAACUGAAGCAUAUCCUACUAUGGAGACUGAGGCUCUGAGAAAGUGGAAAUUGCUACGAUAGAUGUGUGCAUAAACGUGAAGCAGGAUAACAACACGGACAAACCUUGUGUGAAAUGAAAUCUAUUCCUGCAGAAUUAUGUGACUAUCGUCAGUUAAUCAGUAGGAAGCAUGAAGUGGCAUGUUACCUGAGUUCAUAAGUUUAAGGAACAGAAUUAGACCAUUUGGCCCAUUGUCUACUCUGCCUAUCAUGGCUGAUCUAUCCCUCUCAACCCCAUUUUCCUGCCUUCUCCCCAUCACCCCUUACACCCUUACUAGUCAAGAUUUUGACAAUCUCUGCCAUACUGUAGUGCCACCUGUCUGGCAAUGAAUUCCAGAUUCGUCACCCUCUGGCUAAAGAAAUUCCUCCUCAUCUCCUUUCCAAAGGUACGUCCUUUUAUUCUGAGGCUAUGGCAUCUGCCCACAGACUCUCCCACUAGUGGAAACAUUCUCUCCAUGUUAACUCUAUCCAGUACUUUCACUAUUCACUCAAUGUUUGUUAAGUUAAAUUAUUUAAUCUCGUCAGACCUCAUUUUAAUUUGCGGGGUUUACAUAAUUUUAAGAAUGUGAUUAAGGAUUAAAAAUGUUUUAAUGCA